AUGUCAGAAGAACGAAUCCUUUGGGACGCGGACUUUGAUCCCAAAGUCAAACCGUAUUACCUCUGGUCUACAUCAAUCAUUCUGUGUUUAACAAUCGUUGGAAUACCUCUCGCGAUUGUGUAUGUCAUCAUCGGGAACUGGCUGAUCGCAAAGCACCUCGCGAACUUGGGAUGCACGCUCAAUGAGCGGACGCUGGAAAUCAAAAAAGGGAUUAUGAACAAAACAGAGUCCACGAUCCCACUGGAGAAAAUCACCGAUCUUCAGAUGUUCCAAGGCCCAAUCAUGCGUCAUUUCGGUCUCCGAGGGUUCAAAGUCGAGACCGCAGGUCAAUCGUCCGGUCCAGGCGGAUCACUGGUGAACAUCAUCGGGAUUGUCGAUGCUGUGGAGUUCCGCAAAUCGGUCCUCGAUCAGCGAGAUCGGCUCGCUCAGGGGUCCAAAUCCACACCGGAUCAGACCACUCCAGAACCAUCCAAUCAGCAGAGUGAGGUCCUCACUGAGAUCCGCGAUCUGCUGGUGAAGAUCGAAUCCAAGACUCUGAAAGAGGAAUCAGCCGUGGCCAAUCCGAUCACUUGCCGACUUGUUACCCCAGAACGCGAACUCCUCAAUGAGGAGGUCGUUUACGCAUCCGUCCCGGCUUGGGAUGGACUCAUGGGUGUCCAACACGGGACCGCACCGAUCGUCGCUCGAUUGGGACUUGGCAAGCUCCGACUGGAUUUCCCAGCAGACGCUGGAAGUGGCUCUCGCGAGUACUUCGUCGAUGGUGGAUUCCUCAAGAUGUCGCACAACGAACUCAUCAUCCUUGCUGAACGAGCAAUCGCUGCAGAGGAGAUCAUUGAAUCCGAAGCACAAGCAGAACUCGCUGAAGCUCAAGCGCGAGUGAUUCCAGAGGACGCACCAAAUCGCAUGGAUGCCGUGACAAAGCUCACCCGCGAGCGUGAAGCCGCGGCCCUGAAGGUCUCCAUGGCGAAAACCAGCAAAGCCGUCGGCAUCUGA